AUGUCACAUCGAUGUUGCUUCCAGCUCUAAAAAGUUUGCAUUUCAAUUUUUUUUUUUUAUAUUGCGAUUUCUGCGCACGUGCAAUAACAAAUAAAUGCUCUGGAAUUGAGAGGCGGACUGUCGGAUAGCGGAUCUGAUCGGCAACAUGGAUCAAUUCUCGCACGACCUUACGCUGGCCCUCGAGGAGACCUCGCUUAUGGACAGGGCCAGUGGCGUCGGUAGGUGGGGCUCGCGUCGCAGGACCCGUUCAACGGGCAAUUUGCCCUGUGCUCCCCAGCCUACAGAGGAUUCGUCGAGUAGUCCCACGGACUUGAAUGCCUUGGGCGGCCACCAUGGCCACCACCACCAUCAUCACCACCCAAGUGCCAACGUGGAUGGCCUGGACACGCAUAAUUUAAAGCUGCCAGCCAGCGACUCGGAUGAAAAGGCAGCUGCGAUGCUGCCAUUGAGGUUGCCUUCAAAGUUGCCCCUGCGCAUGGGCGCCCUAGAAUCGGAUUCCCUAAACGAGACCACCUUCAGCCCAGCCAGAUUUUACAAACCCAAUUCACGCCGAAAAAGAAAAAUCAAACGGAUGUCCAUGGAGUUUGAGUUCAGCAAAGAUGCCACGCCUCACUGCUUCACGGAAUCGCCAUUGCAGCCGGGAAUGCUCGGUAGUGGCACCGCAACCGGAACUAUACGUAAACGUUUGCUUAAAGUCGAUGGACACCAUCGUUCGCAUUUGUUUUUUUGUGGCAAACGUAAACGUUCCAAUCGAGACCGGUAUCACGAACACGACACCGGUAAACUUUUCUCACUGCAACUUGAGCAGCAGCAUGCCCAGCACAAUCAGGCCGAGCACCAGCAGAGAAUGCGUCCGCGUAGCUACUCCUCAACAUCGAAGCCCUUGAGCGAUCGCCUGUUGCCGCUUAAUAAGGGACUGCUCUCGAAGAUUAAUCGCAUGGCUGCCCAGGGACAGCAAACCAAUCAAAAGACUGACAACAAGGAUAAAGAGAAGGAGGAGGGCCACAUGGAGGAGAUGGAAGAACUGCCCAAGGCGAAAGAUGUGCCCGGUGAAAAUAAUCUUAUUGACGAGGUUUCCACUAACCUGGAUUCGUUUAAAAUGGAUACCAUUGUGCCUGUGACCGAUAUCGAUGCCCUGCUGCUUAGCUCGCCGCCAUCUGCUCCACGACAGCACUGCAAAAAGUCUCCGGGGCAGGUGAAGACUCACGGGCAUCGUCGCCGUCGCUUCCAAACUCCGCUGGAAGCUCAAUCGCAGUCCAUGGAGUGCAGCGAACUGUAUGACUUUAGCUCCAGUUCAUUGAGCUCCAGCUCGGAUAGCGAGGCAGAAACCGGUGGCCAUCGUCGCCAUGAUACGGAUCGCGAGGGCGACGACGAGUUGACCGACUGGCCGGGCAAUGAAUUCGGUCCAGGAGCUCGCUACGAUCCCAAACGGAAGCUGACCAAGAAGUCGCUGCUGCCACAAAUACGCUCCGAUGACACUAUCGGCGAGGAUGACACUCUAAUGUCGGGCACAGAAGCCGGGGCAAGUGCAAUGGCCGAACCUGCACCACCGCCUCCGAAAUCUCCAGCUGUCCAGCUACCGGAAUCUCUACAGGACUUGUCACGCUCCGAGCCGAUUGAGAUUCAGAGUGCUUGCUCGGAAAUGGAAACCAAUUCGGCAGCUCCGCGUCAAAUCGAAAGCGAGAUGUCCGGCGAAACAUCGAAUCCUUUCCUCUCCUCGUCGCCACCCGGUCAGGCUCAGGGACAGGAGGUGCGCGAAAUACGUGCCGGUUGCCGGCGCAUCAAUGGCGAAAGACCAGGGUUUAGUAUCAAGUCCGGAGUUAACGAGAGACUGGCCAAAUUCUUGCAGGAUCCACGACAGACCCAAAUUCGGUUGCCAGACAUCGAGCUAUACGAGCCGGAUAGUUUGUCCAACCUGGCCACGCUCUACUCCCUGACCAUGGCCAUGGAGCAGGGCUGCACAGUGCUGACAAAGACCAGGAACACCACCCAGUCGGUGAGUGUGGAUCAUAAUCAGAGGGGAGGAGGUGCCCUGCAACCGCGUCCCGAUCUCUUUGGAGACUUUAAGCGUCGCUGUUAUGGCGAGGAGGAUAACCAGGAAGACCAGGAACUGCAGCAGUCAGAGAAAUGAGACAUGGCCUUCGACAGUCAGAGGAAGGCGAAAAAUGACUUGACCAAUCCCCAGCGGCAUAAACUCAUCCCACGGAGUACAACUCCCAGGGACGUACGCUCGGGUGGAAGAACUCGAUAGAGACCUAAAACCAGACAGAAAUAAGAGCUUUUAGCCUGUUUUUUUUUUUUGUAUGCUAUUGUGAGACAUAUGUUGUAUCGGUCCGUGUAUAUAGGGAUUAUUAAUUGGAAUUUUUAGGACGAGACUCGUGGCUGGGUAGUCUCGUCACUGUACAAAAUAUUAAUUUUUAACUUGUUCCAUAAGACGUAACGCGAAUGCGGAGAUAAUAUAAUUAUUAAAAAAAAAUAUAUAUAUGUGUGAGAAUA